AUGGAUUACGACUUCAAAGCGAAGCUGGCGGCCGAGCGGGAGAAAGUAGAAGAUCUGUUCGAAUAUGAAGGUUGCAAAGUGGGUCGAGGCACCUACGGGCACGUUUAUAAAGCUAAGAGCAGAGACGGGAAAGAUGAGAAGGAGUACGCACUGAAACAAAUAGAAGGCACUGGAAUAUCGAUGUCUGCCUGUAGGGAAAUCGCUCUGUUACGCGAACUGAAACACCCGAAUGUGAUCGCCCUGCAAAAGGUGUUCCUGUCCCACAGCGACAGAAAGGUUUGGCUCCUCUUCGACUAUGCCGAACAUGACCUAUGGCACAUCAUCAAGUUCCAUCGUGCCUCCAAGGCCAACAAGAAGCCCAUGCAGCUGCCCCGAGGGAUGGUGAAGUCUCUCCUGUAUCAGAUUCUGGAUGGCAUCCAUUACCUCCAUGCCAACUGGGUGCUCCACAGGGAUCUGAAACCAGCGAACAUCCUGGUGAUGGGGGAAGGUCCCGAGCGAGGAAGAGUUAAAAUCGCUGACAUGGGUUUCGCCAGACUCUUCAACUCUCCCCUCAAGCCGCUGGCGGACCUCGACCCCGUGGUGGUGACGUUCUGGUACAGGGCCCCCGAGCUGCUGCUGGGGGCCCGGCACUACACCAAAGCUAUCGAUAUUUGGGCAAUUGGCUGCAUCUUUGCGGAGCUGCUAACGUCCGAGCCCAUCUUUCACUGUCGCCAGGAAGACAUCAAAACCAGUAAUCCUUUCCAUCACGACCAGCUGGACCGGAUAUUCAGCGUUAUGGGAUUCCCCGCAGAUAAAGACUGGGAAGACAUUCGGAAGAUGCCAGAGUACCCAACACUGCAGAAAGACUUCAGGAGGACAACGUAUGCAAACAGCAGCUUAAUCAAAUACAUGGAGAAGCAUAAAGUCAAACCAGACAGCAAAGUUUUUCUGUUGCUCCAAAAGCUCCUCACCAUGGACCCCACCAAAAGAAUCACAUCAGAGCAGGCGCUGCAGGACCCGUACUUCCUGGAGGACCCGUUACCAACCACUGAUGUGUUUGCCGGGUGUCAGAUCCCCUACCCAAAACGAGAGUUCCUGAACGAAGACGAGCCCGAGGAGAAAACAGAAAAGAACCAGACCCAGCAGCACCAGCAGACGACGGGUCAGACUCAGGCCCAGAACCAGCAGCAAACUGCAACCCAGCAGGCCCCAUCCCAGCAGAACCUGGCCCAAACCAACGGCACCAGCGGAGCAACGGGGGCCGCCACCGGCGUGGGUCUACAACACGGCCAAGAUCAGGGCCCCCCCAACAAGAAACCUCGGAUCGGGCCCUCUGGGGCCUCCUCAGGCACUGGGGUGCUACAGUCAGAGUACCAGCACUCUGGCUCUCGCCUCGGUUACCAAAGCAGCGUCCAAGGUUCCACUCAGCCCCAGGGCACCAUGGGAUACUCGUCCUCAUCCCAGCAGAGCUCCCAGUACUCCCACCAGACCCAUCGUUACUGAGGCUCCCCGUCACUCCUGAACCAGCAUGGGAGUCAGCUCCUCCUCAAGCCUUCCAUCAACCUCAGCAGACUUCACCGUGCCCCCCCCGGCUCCCGGCAUCCCGGUCGGACCUCUCUCUGUGCAUUACAUCAUUCCAACUGUCAGCCCUCCCUCACCUUUGAACUCUUUCCCGAAGGCUUUCGAAAAGACUUUAACAUGAAGGCAAAGCAGACAUAGGAACCAAAACAAUCUAACAAGAAGUUCUGCCUCGUCAGGCUGGUGAAUAUAAUGUAAGAUAGAUGUGAAGGCAUCACAGACUCAGAGCCAUGGCACUUACAAACCCACCGUUCCUCACCAGGAAGAAUCGCAGCUGUGUUUAUAUAUGUACAUUAUAUAGCACCUUUUUAUCUAUACGAUUUUUUUUUUCCUCACGUAUUUGCUUAGUUUGAUAGAUGAUAGUUGAUGUCAUUGUAAAUAUUGUUACAUAUAGAGGUGAUCGGACGAAACGAUACACAGGAGGAAGAGCCCUUUACUGUCAUCUCUAGUGUGAUAUUAAACUCGGAUAAUCACAAGAAGAGUUUUAAGCUAACCCUGUCCUUUGAAGAAAAAAACACGAUUACAUGUUUGUACACAGAAGAAAAAAAAUCAGCACUUUAGCUGAUGCAAUUGCAGGGAAAUGAUAAAUGCGCAAUUUUCACUUAAACUUCUUAUUGUAGGGUUUCUAUAUUUAGACCUCUCUUUAUCUAGAUUUGGGAAAGUAAGAAAAGAGGUAGUCUUUUUACAGCUCUUAAGUUCUGUAUAUUCUUAUUCACUCCGCUACCUAGAUAAGAUUUGACGGGCCAAUCUUUGUUUCCUUUGACGACGGCAGCCUUUUUUAAGGAUGUUGAACACCUCUCGUUUGUGGCCAGAAGCUCCGGACUGUUUUUCUUGUUGCAGAGCUGACGGUGGACACUUUGCUCUGACACCCAUCAUACCGUGGACCCUCCACACUUUCAAGGUUUCUGAACACGAACAUGCGCAUAAACGUACAGGGCAGCUAACAAUACGCCCCCCCUCCCUCCUACCUAUAUGCUUAUGGAGACUGUUACUGCCUGAUGUCAGAUUGUUUUUGUUUUUUUAUAUUUUAAUGUUAUCCUUGUUGCCUUGUGUGUGUGUGUGCGUGUGUGUGAGUACUGUAUGUUAUUUUUUUGCAUGGUGUUUAUCCUUUGCAUUACUAGAACUGCACUGACCGCUGAACUGACCUGCAAAGAGCUGGAACAAAUGUGGGGAAGAGUUUCAUCCUCUUCCUAUCCGACCCUCCAGCCGAGCAUUGGGCAGACAAUCUGGUCGAGACUGGAGCUCAUUCAAAGGUGCGUUCUGUGAUACAUGCCAAGGAGGGCGGAGCAACGGUAAUAGUGUAUUGGUGCAAAUCCUCAUCCCCUCGCUGUAUUUCUGUUUUCUGUUUUAAAUAAACAAGUCAAUCUAUAAGAGAACCUUUAAAGGAUCUCUAUCCAACAUCCAGAGCUUUAAAAUAGCAUCAAACUACUAUUAGCUAUGUAGAUAGUCAUAGUAGUGGAAAACAUUUGCGCUAGCAGGAUGGCUUCGCUAGCGUAGCACUCGCCCACUUUGGUUCCCCCCAGCUUAACACUAUUAUUUCAAUAGCACUGUUGCCGUUAUCAGCACUGUUAGCACAGUAACCCCUGUUAGCACUGUUAGCUCCUAGCAGCCCAGCUAAGCCAUCUCCAUGUUGAGACCCGUGUAGAGGAAAUCCCAGCUCAGACUCUCAAUCACAGAUAUGCUCUGAAUGUUGUAUUUAGCCCCAUUUAAAAAUAAGCAGAGUUGGAAUGUAAUUAAGCACACUUACUCAAGUAAUGAAGUUAAAGGAAUAGUUUGACAUUUUGGAAAAUAUGCUUACUCUCAAUUUUUGCCAAGAGUACAUGUCUGUACGCUAAACAUUGGAACACUAGUUACCUAUAAAACAAAAGAAAAAAGUGUUAUUAUUUGUUUUUCCGUGCAAUUAUCUCAGGAUAAAAGCGUCUGCAAAAUGACUGUAAUGUAAUGUAAUCUCCUCAUCAAGGUAUUUAAGAAUUACCUACACAUUUUUUCAAAUAAUCAAGUUUUCUUUGAUUAUAAUUCUAGUGCAGCGACCGCUGCAGUCAGUUAAUUUAUGAGAAGUACAUUUGAAAUAAAAAGCAGUGGAAUACUCUUAGUGCCCUAACAGUUUAUGGACAUAGUAAUUGUAUUUUAAAGAUUUAAGCUUUUGUACUGCUAGUUUGAACUGCCGACAGUAUAUAAAGUUGCACCUAAAACAGCAAAAUAAUUUUCAUUCUACAGCAAUUUAACUUUUAAUACCUUAAGUGCCUUGGUAUUGUUAUAUUCUUAUUUAGGUAAAAGAUCUGUUUACUGAAAACAACACACACGACGCUACCCACAACUCAAAGUGAGGCUAUUCUAUCCUUUUUGUUUCCCCACAACUUGCUCCAUCCUCACUGGCCCUGCCUGGUCACAUGACCGGCCAUCGUGCAGGUUGUAUUUAAGAACGCACCCAAUGACUCGACUGUGACUGUAACUGCAUAGCUCAAGUACAGAUGUGGAAACAGCAGGACUGAGGGUUGGGGGGAGCUGUAUUCAGCAGAUGUGUGGCCCUGCAGUAGGAUAAGGAAGCACUGACACCUUGUGGCUGAAAAGAGAACUGGACCUUUGACCUUUGUGAAACUGUAAUUAUUACAAGUUCACCAGAACAUGCAAGACUUGGGUCUUUCAUUAUAAAACUGAUAUUAUUAUUAUUAUUAUUAUUAUUAUUAUUAUUAUUAUUAUUAUUAUUAUUAUUAUUAUUAUUAUCGUGUCCAGAAUUCCAGUCAUGUCUCCCUAAUGCUGAAAGUACCCUCAUGCUUUGCUGUCAUUGAUACUAAGAUGUGUCUCGAAGUCUCAUCAGUGACUCCUCAGUGUGCCCUGCUGUCCCUCACUGGGUCCUUCUCUGCAGCAGUUAGGUGACUAUAGUCCAUGUUACGGGUUUCACUUCCAUCACUUCCAUCCUGAAAAAAGAAAGUUUUUUAAUAAUUUCUAGUAUUUUGUUGACAAAUACAUAUACAAACUGGAUUUUGUAUAUUUUACACACAUUUAAAGCUGCAUUUAUUGAUUUUUUAUAUUUAUAUAUUUUUUUAUAGGGCAACCUGGGCUCAGCAGAAAAGCUGCAAACAAGUAAUUUACAUAUUAUCAUCUUACAGAGAGCUGAAGUCCAGACGUCACCAAUGGGCUGUUAGUCUCACCCUUCUGUAGCUCAGUGGAAGUUCUUUCAUUCGUCUUUCGGAGAACAUGAAGCGUGUUCUGCUGUUCACUUGCCAUAUUGUAACGCACAUACGCUUAACUACAGCACUUGCUAAAAGGCUGAAAGGAUUUUGAAAUGAAAAUGAAUUUAUUCGCUCACAAAACAAAACUACAGCUGAAAAUGCAGCAGUGCGUUAGCAGUGCGUUAGCAGUGCGGUGGCAGCGCAUUAGCAGUGCUGUAGCAGCGCAUUAGCAGGUAGGUAGAAGUGCGGUAGCAACGCGUUAGCAGUGAGGCAGCAGUGCCAUCCUAACUUGAUUUCAGAACUGAGAAGUUCUGGUUUCACUUCAGCUUUCUAUAAAGUUGAUAUGGCCAAGUAUUACCAAAUAAGGACAUUAUUUUGCAACUAUUAGACAUGGAGUUAUAUUCUUGUCCAAUAUCCCCUCUCAUUUUAGCUCUGCUUUGGUCUCCAACUCCUCAAUAUAAAUAUCUGUCUCUUUAGCAACUAGAUAGCUCAUUACGUACACUAGCUUAGUUUCUCACUCAACUCAUCAAACACCUACGCUUGGUCCGUGGCUCUAUACUUCAAACUAUGACUAUGUCAGUUUGGACGUGCCAUGGACGGCGUAUCAGUUUCCACUCUUAACGUGCAUAGGGUCUUUUCGAAUUAUGAUUAGGAAAAGUUUGUGCUUUAUUUUAUGAAUAAAUAUGUUUGUUACGUAACUGGCAUUAGUUCAGAAUGAAAGUAACGUAACAAAGUAAGGUUUAAUAAGUCAACUUUGUCUUGGUUUCACACAGGACAUGGAUAGCGGUCUCCUGGGUGAGAGUCCCGAGUUUGUUGGACUCAUCCAACCUCCCUUCCCACCCACUUUGUGUGGACCUUCUCACUCUUGAUAGUAUGUCAGUUGCUCUGACUGUGUCAUUAUGAUGUGAAUGGGUUGAUAUUGAGUUGAAAGCCGGGUGCCUCGAUGCGUCCUCAACAGAAGCUUAGGGCCACAGACCAAUCGGCGGUAUUUGACGAGCUUGGAGUGAGAAUGGGUUCGCUUGACAGCUAGUUUUUAUUACUGAAAAUAAGUUCCUGCUGCUGGAUGAGAGCAGAGUUUUGUGGGCUUGAAAACCAAAACAAUGAACUCAAAGAGGCAAAAAUGCCCAGUAGAUAAGAGGGGGAACUGCAGAGUCGGGUGAUCAUUAUCUGUGGGCUCCUCACUGUUAGGACCCUUUGACAUCAGUUCAUUUGAUCAAUUGUCAAUAAAAUAAUUUUGCUAAGUGCAGCUUUAAAGCCAGACUUUAGUGAAAUGAUGUGGACGUAAAAGGAUUUUGGCAGGGACCUAUUCUCUGUGUGUAUCGCGUUAGUUGUACGGUGUGCUCAUUUCUAUGUGAUGGAGGAUCAAAACCAGCAGCUAUUCAAAGGUUUUCUCCUCCCUUUAGUGUGUGUAUUUGAAAAUCAAUCUGAGUAUCAGCAGCAUUCUCUCUCUGCGCGCAAGCGAGGUGUCACAAGUAUUAUUGAGCAGGAGGCUCCUGGUGGGAGACAAAUUACAGUCAAACAACUCCUAUGCAAAAAAAAAGAAUUUAAAUAAAUUCCCAGACUAAAGCUUUCCCUUAGAAUGCUUAGGUUUUUGCAGCUAACAGAUUUUAACAUAUAUUUGAUGGGUGUAUUGUGUAAAACUAAAUACAUUAGUCCAAGAAGGCGCUCACUUUUUUCACAGCUUUUUAAAAUGUACUCUAAAUGAAACUAUUGUAAAGA